AUGACAGACCAUGCUGCACGACUAUGUGAUCCGGCGCUUGGUUUCACGUUGGGCUGGAUAUACUGGAUCAAAUUCAUGCUGAUCAUCCCGAAUCAGCUGGCAGCUGGGGAGUUGUUGAUCGCAUAUUGGCAGGACGACGAAGCGAAAUAUUCGGUCUUUUGGAUCACCACGUUCUUGGGAGCGAUCAUCACCGCGAACUCCUUGUGUAGUCGAUACCUGGGAAAGUUGGAUGUCGUCCUGUCGUUCUUCAAGGUGCUGGUGAUGUCCGGGCUGAUGGGUCUAUGCGUGGUUCUAGCAUUCGGGGGCGGGCCAGAUCGCGACAUCAAGGGAUUCCGCUACUGGAGAGACCCCGGGGCCUUUGCCAAUGGCUCGGGAAGUGCCGUGGCUGGCACCCUCCGCGCCAUCUGUAGAACCGUCCCCUCUGCGACGCUCGCCUACGUUGGAAGCGAACUCAUGGGGAUGACGAUCCUGCGGACCCAGAAUCCCCGCAAAGCUGCAGGCCGGGCGAUCAAAGUGACCUUCUAUCGGAUUUUGGUCUUCAACCUUGUCAAUCUCACACUCUUGGGUAUGCUCGUCCCCUACGACACACACAUCUUGGCAUUUAAUCGGCAGGUAUCCCAGCAGGCCGACAAGCAUCGCACCGCUUCGGCCUUUGUGGCAGUCGCUCAGUCCGCCGGUCCCGCCUUUAUACCACACCUUCUCAACGCCUGCCUUGUUCUGUUCGUCCUAUCGGCGGCGAACCAUGCGCUCCUCAUGGCGAGCAGGACGCUCUACGGUAUCUCCCUGGACAGAAACGCUCCCUCCUUUCUCUCCCGGACCAACCGCAGGGGGGUGCCGAUUAAUGCUGUGGGCGUAUGCUCUGCCCUGGCAUGCUUGGCGUACCUGAAUAUCUCUAGUGGUUCCAAGAAGCUCUUCGAGCACUCGGUCAACCUCGUCUCCAUGUUCAGCAUUCUUACCUGGGUCUCAAUCAUUAUCAUCCACUUCUCCUUCAUCCGUGCCCGGAGAGCCCAAAAAAUCACGGAUGAGCUCCUAACAUUCAAGGCUCCGCUCGGGUUGUUCGGGUCGUGGCUCGCGUUGAUCGCGUGUGUCCUGGUCGUUGUCAUCCGAGGGUUUGACCUGGUUGACCGCGCAUCCUACCCCAAUGGUGUGGAUCGCACGGCCUUCGUGACCUCGUAUAUCGGCAUUCCGCUCUACAUCACCUUGGUCAUUGGAUACAAAAUCGGCACCAAAAGCAAACACGUGCAGCCGCAGGACGUCGACAUGGGAUCGUUGACUCCCACGGUCGAGCCAAACGGGGCCGAUGCCAUCUCCAUGGGACCGGAAGAGCGCAACCCGAUCCCAGAGAAACCAGCCUGGAGCGGCCAAAGACUCUUUGCUUGGUUUCUGUGA